GUGUUGAGCCUAUCGAGAGCCGCCUGCAUUAUUCACGAAGCACCCAACCGACGUCGACCAGAGUACCAGUCUUUUUUCGUGAAGACAUCCUCUGACUUUCCUUUCUCGAGUCCCUUCUGGUUGGAGCGAGGAAUACUAACCACCGCCAAAAUGCCUUCGGAAGCCGGUCACAGAUUAUACGUCAAGGGACGUCACCUUAGCUACCAGCGUAGCCGUCACGUCACCCACCCCAAGACGAGUUUGAUCAAGAUCGAGGGAGUUGAUGACACCAACGCUGCCAACUUCUACCUCGGCAAGAAGAUCGCCUACGUCUACAAGGCUCAGAAGGAGGUCCGCGGUUCCAAGAUCCGCGUCAUCUGGGGCAAGGUCACCCGCCCUCACGGUAAUUACAGCCCCCCAUUCAGAUCGAACCGCCUACAAUAUCUCGAGCUCUUCCCAGCUAAUAAUAUGGAAUAGGCAACUCUGGUGUCGUCCGCGCCAAGUUCUCCAACCCCCUCCCCACCCGCUCUUUCGGCGCAUCUGUUCGCGUGAUGCUCUACCCCUCGUCGAUUUAAAACGGCCCAUCAUCAUCGGACGGAGUUGGUAUUGAGGAUGGAUUCUGAAUUGGUUGCAUCGGUCAAGGCAAGGGCAAGAGCACAGUGCUUUGCUUGCUAAAAAAGGCAUCAAAUCAAACUCGUCAAACAACCACACAUGAGGCGAAACGCACACCCCGCCGGGAAAUACCCUCUCCCCUUUUUACCAACUGAGACAUGGGGAACAUGAAUUCUGCGUGAUUCGGCAAGAAAAAGGAGAGUCUUUUUUUCUGUGUACGGGUUGAGGAGUAGCCUUAUAUGCUUGGGGGCUCGAGGACGGGAAAUGGAAAAAAAAAA